CGGAAGGCUGAUUCACAAUUCAACCGCAAGUGGAUUGGUAGUCUGCCUUGUUGCUUCUAAAGACAGAAGCACCGCGUAAUACACUAUCAACCGGAUCGGCAACGUCCCAUGGACCAACAACAUAAUUCGCAGGCCCGUGGGCGGUCGCCCUCGGCCGCGGCAUCUACUGGGGGUGGUAUAAGGAAUGCGCACUCGCCGUCGCCUGCUCGCUUCCCCAAUCCGAAUGAAGCCGGAGCCUCAUCUAUCGGUCUCGGUGUAAGCCUUGUCGACCCUUCCAUACAGCAGUUCGGCGUGAGCCAGCCCGACUUCUCGCCCUAUGACGCGAACACCGGCGGCUUUCUGAGCAAUCAGCAGCUUGCACCACAGGCCUACUCCCAGCCCGGCCUUGCGGGCUCCUCCGCCGUCCCGGCCUUCGAUCUGACGCAAAACUUUGCCGACGAGGUUAAGGCUGAGCCCUCCUUCGGCGCACCAUCCCCGGCCAGCUUCCCAUCGCACUCGCAACAGCAGCAGCAAGCGAACCUCCUUGCGCCGACCUUUGGCGACGGCGAUUUCACCAUCUUCCCGCCGACGCCAGGCGAGCCACAGGGAUACACACCGCUGUUUGGCGGCGACAACCAGCAACAGCUCUCCGUUGCCGAUGCCAACAUGAUGGCGCAAGCGAACCACAACCCUACGCCUCCUCAUCUCAUGAACCCGACCGACCCACAUCAUCAACCGGGCUCUGCGAGUCACUCUCCCCACUUCAAUCAACACCAGUUCUCUUCUCCGCCAGGGAGACACUCAAGAAAUGUAUCUCUAGGCCCGGAGGCUGCACUUCUCCCGGGUCAGAUAGACUGGACUCACGCCGGGUCUCAGUUUCAAGGCCACAGACGCACUCCAUCAGAGUACUCGGACGUAUCGUCCGCUGCGCCUUCUCCUCAUCUCGUCACCUCAGACAACUUUGAUCACUUCGAUCAGAGCCAGUCGCCGAUGCAGCGGCCGCAAGACGCUGCGCUGUACCGCGAGUUGCACGGGAUCGGGAGUUUCAGCAUCUCGGAUACUGGCACGCACACCCCGAGCCAUGGGGCUAGGAGUCCAUCCCAUAGUCCGGCCCUUUCACCAAGGAUACUCCCUCAGCAGUUGCCCGACAUGAAUCAGCAAGGGGGCUACUUACUGUCAGGCCAGAACAACGGAUUCGGACCGUCGCCGUAUAUGCAGGCACCUCAAGAGGCCUUCCCUUCCCUCCCGCAGGAUAACCCGGAGCUACAUCCGGGAAGCACCAUGCCCGCCCCGCCAUCUAUCAACAUAGACUUUGCGCCCACUGCUGUGCGGAGCGGCUUUGAACAACCAAAGAGCCUUGAUGUGGAUUCAUUAACCCCACCAGAGCGAGGGCGUCGGAUAUCAAGACCCCGCGCUGUCACCGAUCCCUACAAUAAUAGCGGUACGCUGCUCAGCAGCCACCGCAGCGCUUCGGCCUCCGAUGGCCUCUCGCCCGACGCCGCUGCAGGCGCAAGGUCUGAGUCGUCUCGUUCCCUGUCUCCCCUUGACCGCGCGAGCAGUACGGCUUCGGCAACUAGAAGGCGUCAGUCCACCUCUGCAGUGCCCAACAACGUCAUGGCGCUUCGUCUCGUAGAUCCCGACUACAACGGCAGCGGUGCCCAGGGAGAGGGCGGGGCAGGCGGGGCGAAGCGAGUGCAGAAGCACCCCGCGACAUUCCAGUGCACCCUCUGUCCAAAACGCUUCACGCGGGCAUACAACCUGCGAUCCCAUUUGCGGACACAUACCGACGAGAGGCCGUUUGUGUGCACUGUAUGCGGCAAGGCGUUUGCGCGUCAGCAUGACCGCAAACGGCACGAGGGUCUUCAUUCUGGCGAGAAGAAGUUUGUAUGCAAGGGAGACCUCAAAAACGGGGGACAGUGGGGCUGUGGCCGGCGGUUUGCCCGCGCUGAUGCGCUUGGACGCCAUUUCCGCUCCGAGGCCGGCAGGAUAUGCAUCAAGCCGCUGCUCGAUGAGGAGAUGGCCGAUCGCAUGAGGCAGUACAACGAGGACCAACGACAACAAGCUCAGCACGCUAUGGCGCAAGGCAUGGCCAUGCAACAUCCAGCCUAUGCGAUGGCGCAAAGCUUGGAUCCGAAUGCCGCGGGAUACCCCAUGGAUGGGAGCGGGAAUUACGCGCUACCCCAGGCGCUAUUGGCGCAGUAUCCAGCCCUGGCGCAAAUGAACUGGUCCGCGACCGACGUAGGCGGCGGCAGCGGCAUGGAAGACGAACUGAGCGGCCGGAGUAGCUUCGAUGCUAGUGAUUACGAUGAUGGUGACGACGGCGGCUAUGUCAGCGGCCCCGGCACGGGAUUCGGGCCGGGUGGGAUGCAAGAGAAUUUCGGCGAGAUAGGUUACGCCAGCGACUAUGGCGGGCGUUGAUUCCUCGCUUGAUACCCUCUUGUCGCCUUUUCCUUUCCUUGGUCAUUUGGUCGCUUUAGUGCAGGGCGACAAUUGGAUUCCCUGGUGCAUUUGGAGCCAUGCGGGUGUUCUCACCCUUUUCUUUUGUGGACAGAUCGGUUUUAUACAGGUGUCACAUCUUCCUCUUCGGCUUAUACCUACUUUCUUCUUGAAAACGGUGCUCGUAUUGGUAUUGGCUCAGCGGUCGUAUCGUGUUCAUCGGGCUGAUGGUUGAUGGCUUUUACGAUUCGGUUGGUCUGCUUGU